UUUUUUUUUUUUUUUUUUUUGUGGGUCCAAAAAAAAAGUGAAUGACUAUAGAAUUGUAGGAGGGCCAUAUCAAAAGAUCCCCCUCUUAAUAAUCGUCCAUAAAUUCAAAUGGUUGCCGUCAAAGCUCACGAACUCCGUAACAAGAACAAGGCCGAGCUCGUCAAGAUCCUUGACGAACAAAAGCAACAACUUGCCAACAUCCGUGUCCAAAAGGUCGCUGGUGGUAAGUCCCAAGAAGUUGGUGAGGCUCGUAAGAACGUUGCCCGUGUCUUGACUGUCAUCAACCAAACCCAACGUGAACAACUCCGUCUUUUCUACCAAAAGAAGGCUUUCACUCCUUUGGAUCUCCGUGUCAAGAAGACCCGUGCCAUGCGCAGAGCUUUGACUCCUUUCGAGAAGUCCAAGAAGACUGUCCGUGAACAAAAGAAGUUGGCCCAUUUCCCUCUUCGCAAGUACGCCGUCAAGGCCUAAAUCUUUUUUUCUUCUACAUAAAUUAAAAAAAGUUUAGUUUUUAUUAAACGUACCUUUCAAAACACUACACAGCAUUAAACACUUUUUUUUUAAAUCAAA